GUUUAAAACCUUUGAAAACGAAUGCAAUGUCCAGAAAUAUGUUUUUCUCGUUAUCAUCCAAUUCAUUAUAACUCCAUCUCAAUAUCCUAUCAAUUCUUUCAUUGGGAACUUCGUCCAAUUUAGCUAGUGCACUUCGUCCAAUGGUGUUCUUUCUGGCGCGUAGUAAAAACAGGUAUAUACUAGUACUGAUAGCCGUGUAAAUGACGGAGAUCAAAUAAAAAAAGGGUCCCCACGCCUUAACAAUAACACUUAAUAUUAUUAUUAACCAAAAAAAACAAAUUACCAUUCCAUGGCUUCUUCAUCCUCUGAAGCUGUGAGUACAGUAGAUCUAAAAAAAUAUGAUGUUUUCAUUAGCUUUAGAGGUGAUGACACUCGCUCCGGUUUCACAAGCCAUCUUGACGCUGCGUUGAAGCGAAGCUAUUUUGAGACAUACAUAGACUACAGAAUUGAAAAAGGAGACCAAGUUUGGGCAGAACUUGAGAAAGCAAUCAAAGAUUCCACUCUGUUUCUUGUUGUGUUCUCGGAGAACUAUGCGAAUUCAACAUGGUGUUUGAACGAAAUCGUUGAAAUAAUGGAGUGUCACAAAAAUGGACAAGUUGUUAUUCCUGUUUUCUACCAAGUUGACCCUUCACAUGUAAGGAAACAAACUGGGAGUUACGGCACUGCGUUUGCAAAACAUGAGAAGCAAGACAACAAUAAUGAUCAUAAGAUGAUGCAAAAUUGGAAGAAUGCUCUUUUUCAAGCGGCUAAUUUAUCUGGUUUUCAUUCUACCAAAUACAGGACUGAAUCUGACUUGAUUGAGGAUAUUAUCAGAGAUGUAUUAGAAAAGUUGAACCACAAGUACACAAAUGAUCUUACAUGUAACUUCAUAUUAGAUGAAAACUAUUGGAGCAUUCAGGAUUUAAUAAAAAAAAUUGAUUCAACAAAAGUUCAAAUCAUUGGACUUUGGGGCAUGGGGGGCAUAGGUAAGACAACACUUGCUGCUGCUAUUUUUCACAAAGUCUCUUUUCGGUAUGAAGGUAGUUGCUUCUUAGAAAAUGUGACAGAAGUUUCAAAAACAAAUGGAAUUAACUAUACAUGCAACAGACUUCUUUCCAAGUUACUAAGGGAAAAUGUUGAUAUUGACACUUCUAAAGUAAUACCAUCCAUAAUCAUUAGAAGACUCAAACGCAUGAAAUCUUUGAUUGUACUUGACAAUGUGCAUACUUCAGAACUUCUGCAAAACUUGAUUGGAGUGGGAAGUGGUUGGCUAGGAGCUGGUAGCACAGUCAUUGUGACGACAAGGGAUAAGCAGGUGCUGAUAAGUGGAGAAGUUGAAGAAAUUCAUCAAGUUAACAAGAUGAACUCCCGAAAUUCUCUCCAACUUUUUUGCUUGAAUGCUUUUGGCAAAUACUUACCUAAGGAGGGAUAUGUGGAGCUUGCAGAAAGAGCAAUUGAUCAUGCCCAAGGCAACCCUUUAGCUUUGAAAGUGUUUGGAUCAUUUCUUCGUGGCAAAAGUGAAAUAGAAUGGAACUGUGCACUAGCUAAACUAAAGGAAAUUCCCAAUGGAAAAAUUGAUAGGAUAUUGAGAUGGAGUUAUGAUGAAUUGGAUGAUCAAGAGAAAAAUACAUUUCUAGACAUUGCAUGCUUUUUCAAAGGACAUGAAAGGGAUUGGGUAAUAAAAAUAUUAAAUGAGUGUGGUUUCUUUGCAAAUAUAGGGAUAAGAACUCUUUUAGACAAGGCUCUUAUAAGAGUUGACUUUGAAAAUUGCAUACAAAUGCAUGACUUGAUACAAGAAAUGGGAAAACAAAUUGUUCGUGAAGAAUCUCUUAAAAAUCCCGAACAACGCAGUAGAUUAUGUGAUCCUAAGGAAGUUGGUGACAUGUUGAAAAAUAAUAGAGGAACUAAGAUUGUUGAAGCCAUAUUUUUUAAUGCUGAUGAAUAUACAAAUAUAAAUUUAAGCCCCAAAGCAUUUAAAAAAAUGGUAAACCUAAGGUUACUUGCUAUUCAAGACCAAAAGGGAUAUGUAAGCCUUCCAUAUGGUCUUGACUUAUUGUCAACAAAUUUGAGAUAUUUUUCUUGGCAUGGAUAUCCAUUGAAGGCUCUAUCUCCAUCCUUUUGUCCUGAAAUGCUUGUGGAGCUUUGUUUGAUAGAAAGCCAUGUACAAAAACUUUGGAAUGGAGUCCUGCAUUUGCCAAAUUUAGAGAGACUUGACCUCACUCGCUCCAAAAAAUUGAUAGAGUGCCCAAAUGUGUCUGGUUGCCCGAAUCUAAAAGUUUUAAUACUUAAUAGUUGUUGUAGCUUGCCUGAAGUUGAUUCAUCAAUUUUCCUUCUCCAAAAGCUUGAACGAUUAUGGAUGGCUGGAUGUACGUCACUAAAGAGCCUUUCCAGUAACACUUGUUCACCAGCCCUCACUGUAUUAGAUGUAGAGCGUUGCAUCAAUCUCCAAGAGUUCUCAGUCACAUUUGCUUCCACUGAUGGUUUGGUUUUGUUUUUACCAGAUAGUUGGAAUGGGAAUGAACUUCCAUCAUCAAUAUUGAAUAAAACAAAUCUUGGAACCUUUCAAUUUCCUUUGAUUGAAUGUCUUGUGGAUCUUCCUGAAAACUUUGCCAAUUGUAUUUGCCUCCAUAGUCCACCAAAUCGUGAACUUGACCAUUCCAUCACCUUACAUAAAUUACUUUCUAGUCCUGCCUUCAUCACUUUAAAAUACUUAAUCAUUUCUGGUAUCCCUAUGUUGUCUGAAAUCUCAGACAACAUCUCCUUACUAUCAUCAUUAGAGGAUUUAGAACUACAUGAUAUUGGCAUUAGAAGCUUGCCCGAAACCAUUAAGUAUCUUCCCCGACUCUACCGGCUUUAUGUUUGGUUUUGUAAAAUGCUUCAAUCUAUUCCGAUGCUUCCACUCAAUCUAGUCAAUUUCACUGUCUUUGAUUGUGAUUCUCUUGAGAAAGUGUUGAGUUCAAUGGAUGAUCCAUAUGACAAACCCAAUCCUAGUACUGUUAUUCUCCGUAACUGCAAACAAUUGGAUCCGCAUUCGUAUCAGACAGUUUUGAACAAUGCUAUUGCUGCGAUUGAACUUGGAGCAACUGGAGAAGAUAAUAGUAGCAUUCAGUACCUGUUACCUGAUAUGCCUGGCAGAGACUAUCGGUUCCAUUACCGUUCUACACAAGUUCCAAUCACUCUUGAGCUUCCUCCUAAUUUGUUGGGUUUCGCCUAUUACUUGGUUCUUUCUCAAGGUGAAGUGGGAGGAAGUGCACGUUUUGGAUGUGAGUGCUACUUGGACAGUAGUUCAGUUGAAAGGAUCUGUAUAACAAGAUUCCCUAGACCCGACAUGUUCGAAUAUAGCAUGUAUUAUUAUGAUAAUGAGACUAUAAUCGACUUCGCGUCAGAUCAUGUGGUUUUAUGGUAUGAUCCAGUAUCUUGCAAUCAGAUAAUGAAAGCAGUUGAAGAAAUAAAAGCCAUUAAUGAUGUGAACAGCACCAGUUACAAUCCAAAGCUUACAUUUAGAUUCUUUAUUGAUGAAAAUAAAACUCCAUAUGAUGAAGUAGCAAUAAAAGAGUGUGGGUUUAACUGGAUAUAUAAAAAAGAAACAGUUCCUCCAACAAGGAAAUUAAAGCAACAUGUCUUUGGAACUCCAAUGGCAAGCCUAGAAUUAGAUGAAACAAAAGGCUUGAGGUAUUUACUUGAAUAGGAUUUGGUGGAAACAACAUGGACACUUGUGUUUGGUUGGAGAGAAGAAAAAAGCAAGAGAGGAAGAGGAGAGAACAUGGCCAAAUUUGGAUAUAAAUUGUUUUCAAUGUAUUCUUCAAUAAUAAAGGUAUAACAUAAGAUAUUGGUACUUAUGUAUGAUUGUGAGCUUUAGCGAAUGAUGUCAUGUAUUCUUCAUUAUUGUUCUUACUAAACUGUCUGAAUAUUCAGUUUUGGGGUAUUAUUAAA